AUGGAUGCGAAUUCGACAGCCGGACGAACAAAACCUGCAUCGGUGUUGAGCCCCGAAGAACGUGAAGGUCAUCAAACUGCAGCAGAUCAAUCACAUGAUGAUGAAACCUAUCGUGAUGGAUGUACAUUUGGUCGAACAAAACCUGUUUCGCCAUUGAGUCCCGAAAAACAUGAUUAUGAAACUCAUAAUAAAUCAUCCUUUGAUGACGUCGAUAUAGAUGUAGAUACGUUUGAGAUAACAAAACCUGUGUGGCUGUUUACCCCCGAAGAAAGUAAACGUUUUGCUGCUUACGAAAGAAAAUAUUUUAAUAGAAAAAACAAAAAUUGUCAUGGUUGUGAUAUCUGUCUUGUUGAUAAAGAUCUGCCUGGUACAACAAAACCUGCAUCGCUGUUGAACCCUGAAGAACAUGAAGGUCAUCAAACUGAAGUAGAUGAAACCCAUCGUGGUGAACGUACAUUUGGUCAAACAAAACCUGUAUCGCUGUUGAGUUCCAAAACUCGUGGUAACUUACAACUUUUUGGAUUUGAUGAUGAAUCAACGCUUGAUGAUAUCAAUCCUGAUGAUAUAGCUUCGUAUGACAUGAAACCACGGUGGCUGUUGACCCAUGAAGAACAAGAACGUUAUGAAGAUUACGUAUUACAAUCUCUUGAAAAACGAGAUUGUCGUGGUUGUGGUGGUGGUGGUUGUCCAACAGAACCACCGAAACUUGAGCACAUCUAA